AUGUCAGGAGAAACAGAAACUAUUUCAUUUGAAGAGUACGAAAAGCUUUAACUAGACUUCAUUGAUAGCUAGAAGUAGCUCAAAGAAAUUACAGAAUUAUUUGAACAAUAUAGAGAUGAAACUGAAUAGAUGGAAGAAGCUCAGAGUAGAUAAAUCGAACUACUUGAGCAACAGUUAGAGAAGUCUAAUUUAGAAAAGGAGUAUUUGAUGCUAAAUUUAAAGAAGGAAUUGCAAGAGAUCUAGCUUGAAACAUAAAAGCUGUUAAUUGAAAAAGAUGAAGAAGUGCAAAAACUUAGAUUAGAAGUUAAGAUGAAAACCUUAGCAAUGACCAAAUUCAUGAAUGAUUACCAAGAGUCCUUAGACAAAGAGAAUACUGUCUCUAAAGAGAAUGACCCAAAGAAUGACUCUGAUAAAGAUCAAGUCAUUUCAAAGUUGAAGAAGGAAAUUGCUGUUAAAGACUUCUUGAUCAAUGAUUUAGGAAAUGAUAUUAAGAACAAUAGAGCAGUUAUUGAUGAGCAAAAAACAAUGUUCUAAAAUUUCUCUAAAGAAAUUCUAGAAAAAACUAAAGAAAGAGAUGACGCUCUUAAGAGCCUCAAAGAAUAAGAAAUAGAAGAGUUGAAGAAAGCCUUAGAAGAAAAAGAAAUCUAUAUUAAACAAUUAGAAAAGGAUAGCGAUCCCAACCCUUCUUCUGAAGAAAAUGAAAUUAUGAGAGAAAUGAUUGUUGAAUAGUAGGAAAAACUUAUGAAAAUAGCCUAAAACUUUGAAGGGUAAAUAAAUAUUUUUACAUAAAUUGUAUUUAAAGAUGUAAAAAUGAAUUUAUUUUUUUAAUACAGAUAUAGAAACGAAAGCGAAAAGCUUUUCUUAGCAUAGAUUCAGCUAAGAGAUAGUAAAAUUAAAGAUUUGGAAGAAAAGUUAAAGCACUAAACUAAAGGAGAAAUAAAUCAUCAUAGUGAAGUUACUGAAACUAAACAAGAGUUAUCUGAGUAAAAAUAAGAAGGUGAAGGAAAGUAAGAAUGA